UUGUCAGGCAAACCUCUGCUUGUAAGCAAAGUGCACAGUCUGUAAAAUGUGUAGAUGCGUUUUGUCUGCAUUUUCCUGCAACAGGUAGCCGUGAGAGAUGAGUUGCUGUCAUGCGCCUGCGACCGGGGAGGUCCGGCCCGGCGCAGCACGGGUCCUAGUGACUGAGCUGAGUGGAUCAGGCCACAUCAACCCAACCCCUGCCCCGAAACCGCGUGAGGACUAUGAAACAGCAGUGGACCUUUACCUCUCUCAAGAGAAGCUGGAAUCGCUGUGUGGAACUCGGGAUCUCUCUAAUAUGACCUCGCUGGAGAUCUACGUAGACACACAAGAAAACACGCUGGGUAACUUUGGUGCCUACUUGCCCAAGCUGCAGAAGCUCAAAAUGAACAACAGCGCCGUGAAGUCAGUGAGAGACCUGGGAACCACCCUCUCCCAGCUGCAGGUGCUGUGGAUGUCUCGCUGCUCCCUGCAAGACCUAGAUGGCAUUUGUACUUUCACUUCCCUCAAGGAGUUGUACGUGGCCUAUAACAAUGUGUCAGACCUGAGUCAGGUGGGCAUGCUGGAGAACCUGCAGCUGUUAGAUCUGGAAGCAAAUGACGUGGAUGACCUCGUCCAGAUUCAGUAUCUGGGGUUGUGUGGCAAACUCCACACGCUCAGCUUGGAAGGAAACCCUGUGUGUGCGCACCCAAACCCCACUGCCAUCCAGACGGCAGACUAUAGUUAUCGGGCUGCAGUGAGGGAGUUGGUCCCUCAGCUGCGUUACCUAGACGAUUUAAAGGUGGAGGAGGACGGGCUGAGCUCCAGCAGCACCGUGGGAGAGGACUUGGCCAUUCUCAGAAACUCCAUCAGAGACUGCAACUCCUCUCAGGCAGCUACUGAAGACGCGGGUACAGCAGACAGUGCAUGUCCUUACAGCCGACCUGGCUCAGCCAGGCGCCCUGCUUCCAGCCGCUCCUGCGUCCGGCCCCUCUCGUCAGCAGGCUCCAGACCCCAUCCUGGCUCCAGACCCAUGUCAGCGACCAGGCCUGGAUUUCUCUCCCCUCCUGGAUCUCGACCUGGUUCUGCAGACUCUGAUCUGGCAACAGUAGAAGCAGAAGCCAGCAUCCUUACGCAUGGAGCUGGCAAGAUUCUCUUCUGUGGAAACCCAGUCCAGGCUGUUCGAGCAAGGCGAGAAAUGUUGAGGACAGCACCUACCAGAUCUACUUUCACCCCCCGUGACCUUCCCAUCCAUAUACCAGAACACACAUACGACAUUGAGGAGACUGAUGUUAGGGAAUGCAUUGAUGUUGUCGCGGAGCUUAGAGCUUGGAGGGAGCAGCACAGCAGGCGUCUCCAGGCCAUAGAGACAGAAAGAUUGCCACAGGUCCUGGCUAUUUGUCACAGUGAUGAAGAAAAGGGGGGAGAUGAUGACGAAGAAGAAGACGGCUUUAGUGGCGUAAGGAAGCACAGUAGUGAUGAAGAACAUGGAGCGGAGAUGCAUGGUGACAGCCGAGAUACUGCCUCACCAGAUUCCUCUUUCCAGGUUCUUUCCCCAGCCCUGCGUCACAGAGAAGCCUUGGCCCCUGGGGUGGCUGGACUCUCCCUGUCCUCAGACACCACACUGUCCCCUUCUCCCCCCACCAGUGCCAUGCUAACAACUGGAAAUCACAAGCCACCAGGGCUCCGUGCACGUAGGCUUCGACUCAGCCAGACCAACUCAGAACAUUUAUCUGAUUUCAGCAGAGUAGGGCGCUCGCCUAGGACAGGUACAACUGCUGGAGACACAGACCUGAAACUCCAGAGGGUCCAGCAGUUCGCUACGACCAACAAGCCUCUUUUGCCCAAGCUUGCAUACGUACCCCGCCCACCUCCAACAAGUGCCCUUGGUAAAGGGCUCAUGGGUUCAUGUGCAGAGAUGGACUUAUCCAGUCAACGAUCUGGCAGCAAGCAGCUUCAAAUCCCUCCAAUGUCCAAACUCCUGGACAGACCAGCGAUUACUCGUCCUCACACAGCCAGAGCAGCUCUACAGAAACAUCACCAGCACCACACAAACCAGCCCUGCAGAGGGAGCUCACACCCAGACUGACACCAGAGUGGGCAGAUGCUUGACUGUCUGGCUAGCGUUCUCUGUAUGAUCCGUGUGACAUUCCCUUCAGAACAGACUGAUAGCAUGAAGGCCAUUAAGGGUCAUUCACACCUAUACUUUGAGAUGGGUUGGAAACACCGGUAUUUGGACAUAUGAUGCUCUCUUUGUCUGUCUUUUUUUAAUAAAGAUCUGUAAGGUAUAGAAAGCAUUCUCAGAAAUGUUGGGACUGACCAACACACCAGUGCUGUAACAUGAGUGAUGGAGUCAUUAAUAUGAGUAACAGUGUAAUCAGAGGACUUGCUAUAUGCUGAGAUUGUCCCUCUUAAGCUACUGAGUUGCUGGUUUUCUGGUGGCUGCUCUAUGGAUGAAAAAUAAAGAGAGAUGUAAUACCUCACAUUUGCAUUUCUCAGGUUGAAACAUUCAAUUAAUAUAACUUAAAUGCUACAUUGUGUUUUGCCCAAUUAAAACAGCUUUUUAUAUUCUCUUUUUAAUUGAAACUGAGCUGUAAAGUUGAUGAAAGGCAAAGGCUUUGAGAUGCGGUUUCCUGCAGUGACUGUGAUUGUUUUGACAUUCAUGGUGUAAU